AUCAGAAAGCCGCCCUGGUUAUUAUAGAUCAUAGGGCCUAGUUUUUAAAGUGUAAUCCUCAAAACUUAACUUUAUAUUGAGGACUGAAAUUGAAAAUCACGGAUCUAAAAUUUUAAACAUUUUUUCUCCAUUUUCAACCCAAUUUUUUUUUCUGCUAACACACUCUUUUCCAGUCAAAUAAAAGAAAUUGGGAGAAUCUUUUGAUGCAAAACCGUCUAAUUUCUAGAUCUCAGUUCUGAAGUUUUAACUGAUGGAUGUCUGAUUGUACUUGACAGAGAUAUAAAGGUGAAGGUAAGAGUGCUAAUGGGGGCCAAGCGCACAAGAUCGAAUGGUGAAAGUGACGAUGGUUACAAGUUGUCAGUUCCACCUGGUUUUGAAUCGCUAAUGUCAUUCACACUAAAGAAGGUGAAAAAUAGUGAAGAAGCCUGUAAUUCUGUGGCUCUUGGGAGUGAGUUUGCGCAAGGUUCUAGCCAGGUUGCUGCUACUUCAACAAUUAUUAGCACAGGAAAGCUUAAGAGUUCCGUUAGGCAUAGGCCUUGGAUUCUUGAUGAUCAUGUUGAUCACAUUGAAGACGAUUCUGAAUUUGAAGAUGAUAAGAAUUUGUCUUCAAGUGCUUUUCUUCCCAAAGGAGUGAUCCGAGGAUGUUCCAGCUGCCACAACUGCCAGAAGGUUAUUGCAAGAUGUCGUCCAGAAUUGGCACGCAUACCUUCACUUGAAGAGGCUCCUGUAUUCCAUCCUAGUGAAGAGGAAUUUGAAGAUACUCUGAAGUAUGUAGCGAGCAUCCUUCCACAUGUCAAGCACUAUGGAAUAUGCCGUAUCGUUCCUCCCUCGUCCUGGAAACCACCUAGCCGCAUUGAAGAAGAGAGCACAGUAUAUGGAGUCAACACCCAUAUCCAGCGCACUAGUGACCUCCAGAAUCUGCUUUUCAGGAAAAGGCUUGAGGGAGCCUGUACAAGGACGAAUAAUAAACAGCAGAAAACCCUAAGUAGGAAGUCAGAUUUUGGACACGACAUUGAACGUAAAGAAUUUGGCUGCUGUAAUGAACACUUUGAAUUUGAAAAUGGGCCAAAGCUAAUGCUGAAAUAUUUCAAGCAUUACGCUGAUCAUUUCAAGAAGCAGUACUUUGUCAAGGCAGAUCAGACUACGGCGUUAGAACCGUCAAUUCAGGAUAUCGAAGGGGAAUACUGGAGGAUUAUUGAGAAUCCAACCGAAGAAAUUGAGGUUCUCCAGGGAACUAGUGCAGAAAUUAAAGCAACUGAAAGGGGUUUCCUACAUGAACGGGAUGUAACUAGUCGUCGUCGUCCACAAUAUGUAGAAUCAGGUUGGAACUUGAAUAAUACCCCUAUGCUUCAAGAUUCUCUUCUCCGUUUUGGAAGUCGUGAGAGUUCCUCUAUUUUGCUUCCUCGGCUCUCCAUUGGAAUGUGUUUCUCAUCAUAUCUAUGGAGAAUUGAAGAGCACCACUUGUAUUUGCUAUCUUACAUACAUUUUGGUGCACCGAAAAUAUUUUAUGGGGUUCCCGGGAGUUAUCGUUGCAAGUUUGAGGAAGCUGUCAAGAAGCAUCUGCCGCAGUUGUCAGCACAUCCUUGUUUGCUUCAAAACAUUGCCUUUCAGUUUUCUCCUUCUAUAUUGACUUCAGAGGGAAUACCUGUUUAUCGUUGUGUGCAAAAUCCAAAGGAGUUUGUUCUCAUUCUCCCUGGAGCAUACCAUGCACAUGUUGAUAGCGGCUUUAAUUGUUCCGAAGCAGUAAAUUUUGCUCCCUUUGACUGGUUACCAUACGGCCAGAGUGCUGUAGAACUGUAUUCUGAGCAGGGCAGAAAGACAUCAAUCUCCUAUGAUAAGCUGUUGUUUGAAGCAGCCACAGAAGGAAUUAGGGCUUUAGCGGAACUUUCGCUGCUAAACAAGAAAUUUUUUGAUAAUCUAAAAUGGAGAGCAGUUUGUCGGAACAAUGGCAUUUUGACAAAAGCACUUAAGUCACGGGUUUCCACUGAAAUGAGAAGACGCACAUAUCUAUGUGCUUCUCUUGAAUUGCGAAAGAUGGAGGAUGACUUUUGUGCGACCACCAAAAGGGAGUGCCCUAUAUGCUACUAUGAUCUAUACCUUUCCGCCAUUGGCUGUAAAUGUUCUCCACAUAAAUAUGCUUGUCUUCUUCAUGCCAAGCAGCUAUGUCCUUGUGCAUGGAGUGAGAAGUAUUUGCUUAUACGCUAUGAAAUAGACGAGUUGAACAUCAUGGUUGAAGCUUUGGAUGGGAAGGUAAGCGCAGUUCGUAAGUGGGCAAAAGAAAAACUUGGAUUGCCUGUGUCCGACGUCUCUAAAGAUUUCAGCAAGGAUGAAAUGAAGGUGAAAUCAGAGUCCGGACAGUCAUUGGAUAGGAAAGAAGUGUCAAUUCCUUCAGUUGGUCCAAGUGCUAGAACAAAUAAUGUGAAUCGGGUAUCUGGUUCGUGGGUUGAGGCAGAUGGAUCGAGUCAUCGGCCACAAUCAAAAGGAAUUAUUAAUGGUAAGAUCGAAGUUUUAUUCCCAAAAAUUUCACAGCAUGCUACUGUUGGUAAAAAUAUUAUGACCUCUUCCAAUACAGUUCUCAAGAAGCAUCUUGCACGGGAGUCUUCGUCCACUAAACGAAGUGUGAUUAUUCUUAGUGAUGACGAGAACUAGCAACCACAAACCCAAAUGAGCAUAAGUGGCGCGUUAAUACGUUGUUGUAAGUUGGUUCUCUGCUGUAAAUUUGUAGACUACUAACCUUGAAUUCUGCUAAAUAACUGGGAAAUACUCUUACAACUCAAUCUUGGUACUUGCUUCAUGUAUAAUUGUAUACUAGUACUCGUACCCGCGCGAUGCACUGUCUCAAGAUAAAAUUGAUAAUAGCAAACAAUUCCCUCCAAACAAUCA